AUGGGAAUUAUACUGAUUUAUUUAUUAGGACAGCUUAUAUAUUUGUUUAAAGGUAAAGUCAGGUUUCAAACAAGAAGAAUAAUGGAAAAGUCAUCAUAUUCAAGCCUAAGCUCGGUUGCUAACUCGGCGCCAGUCUCUAUUUUCUCGUACUGUGCUUCAUCGAUUUUGAUGACAGUCACCAACAAAUAUGUGUUAUCAGGGUACGAUUUUAACUUGAAUUUUUUCAUGUUGGCAUGUCAGUCGAUCAUCUGUAUUGCUACUAUCGGUACUUUGAAGGCGUUAGGUGUUAUCACGUACAGACAGUUCAACAAGGACGAAGCUAAGAAAUGGUCCCCUAUUGCUGUGUUAUUGGUUGCUAUGAUUUAUACCUCAUCCAAGGCGUUACAGUUCUUGAGUAUUCCUGUUUACACAAUUUUCAAGAACUUGACGAUUAUUUUGAUUGCUUACGGUGAAGUUUUGUGGUUCGGUGGUAAGGUCACCACCAUGGCCUUGGGCUCGUUCAUUUUGAUGGUCUUGUCAAGUGUUAUUGCAUGUUACGGGGACACCUCGGACGCUAAGUCGCCAACCGACACGAUUUCUUUGUACGCUGGUUACUUCUGGAUGUUCACCAACUGUUUCGCUUCGGCCGCAUUCGUUUUGAUCAUGAGAAAGAGAAUUAAGUUAACAAACUUCAAGGAUUUCGACACCAUGUACUACAACAACUUGUUGUCGAUUCCAAUCUUGUUAUUCAUGUCCAUUGUCUUUGAAGACUGGUCUGUUACCAACAUCAACUUGAACUUCCCUGUCGACAACAGAACCCCAACCAUCAUGGCCAUCAUUUUCAGUGGUGCGUCCUCUGUUGGUAUUUCGUACUGUUCCGCAUGGUGUGUUAGAGUCACCUCUUCCACCACUUAUUCCAUGGUUGGUGCCUUGAACAAGUUGCCAAUCGCUUUAUCUGGUUUAGUCUUUUUUGAUGCUGCCGUUAACUUCUGGUCUGUUUCCUCCAUUUUUGUAGGUUUCGUUGCUGGUUUAGUCUACGCUGUCGCCAAGCAAAAGCAACAAAAAGAUAACGCUCAACAGUUACCAUCCAAAUAA